GUCGACAAAAGAGCAGGUUGGUUAAAGCAAUGAGCGGGCGGCCAUAUUGAAUGGAGGAUUUAUCGUGAACCGACACGAAAUGUUGUACAUAUUACUCUGAAAAUCCCUUUAAUGUUUCAUAUCUCAUGUAAUAUGAGUGUGAAAUGAGAAGAAUGCCCUCGUUUUGAAUAAUAUUCCUAAUUUUUACGAACUAACCAGAAGAUUCUAAAUGAAUUUGAUGAUUAGCGAUACAGCAACGCCAUCUGUUGGUGGGUUUUGAAAACCUCAUAAUGAAGAUUCAAAUUAACCAGUAAACGCUUUCAAAGGUUAUUUUAAAAUUACCCACUAUUAAUGCUGCCUGUCGAUGCAGAACAAAGAAAUCUAUAAUAAAGUCGUGCGUGAAUAAGCGUGUGCCAAAGAACUUAAGAAGAACAAAAACAGUUUGCAAGCGUCACCGUCAUUGGUGUUGGUAGAAGCUCGUGUGUCUGUGACGACGGAUCGUUGGGAAAUUGGUUUAGUAACGUUAGUCCGAGAAGAGAGCGCCAACAGCAAUCGAGAUUAGACGCACAGGACCACGUUGAUGCAAACCCUCGUGCUGGUCGCUGUGUGAACAACUCUUCAGUGCAGUCAAAGUGUCGCGUGGUAAGGGCUUUCAACGAUCAACUCCAGCUCGAAAGCUUUCUAAUCCUUUGCUAACUGGUCAAGUACUACAACAGUCGCUGAAAACACUGCAAUUCAUGUCGUAAUAAGAGAUUUAUCCCUCGUCGGUAUGGCUAGCUCCAGCAAUCGAAGCGACUCCCGCCGGCACGCACCGUCCACCGCUUCCGCCCAUUCGAGCACCAUUCCAGGCAGCUCUUCUGCCUCCACGUCCUCCUCCGGCGCUGCCACCUCCUACCACAGCUCGAUGGCCUGUUCGCCGCCCGACUCGCCCAACGCGACGCUGUCCCUGUCGGCCAGCAGCUCCUCGGCCCGGGACGCUUCCUCCCGCCGGCACGUCCUGUCGCACAUCAACGACAUCUUCAAGUGUACGAUCUGCUUCGGCCGGCUGGAGGAUCCGCACCUGUGCCCCCAGUGCUCGAAGCUGUACUGCUACGACUGUAUCGGCGAGUGGCUCGAUUCGGGCAGCAGCCAGAGCUGCCCGAACUGCAAGAUCUUCCUGCAGCUCGAUCAGCUCGUGAAGGUGCGCUGGUUCGACGACAUCCAGCAGCUGCAGCGAAACCUGCGCGCGCUGGCCUGCGGCAGCGAGGAGCGCGACGGCAAGCUAGGGGAGGAAAGCCUCGUGCCCGCGGCCGACCUCUGCCCGAAGCAUCGCAAGCGGGUGAACUUCUACUGCUCCACCUGCGAGCAGUGCGUGUGCGAGGUGUGCGCGACGGGCGGGGACGGCGAUGCGGGCCAGCCGCCGGGACAGCACCGGGACCACACGUUCAAGGCGCUGCAGGUGACGUACGAGCAGCACGUGGCGCUGCUGGACGGCGAGCUGGAGAAGGUGGAACACUACCGGGACAAGCUGUCGCUGCUGCUGAACAAGAUCGACCGCAACGUGGAGCUGAUCCGGCGGGUGAAGACCGUCAAGCACAAGGAGCUGGAGGCGAUCAUGGUCGCCGCACUGAACAGCCUCGACCGGCAGGAGGAGCAGAAGCUGACCAAGCUGCGCGUGCACCAGUUCAAGCUGAUGACCGAGAUCGAGGAGGUGAACGAGAAGCUGCAGGCGAUGCGCUACGACAUGGAGUUCCACAGCAAGCCGCAGCUGAUACAGAUGAAGCCGAAGAUCGUGGCCGCCUGCAAUGCGAUCCGGCUGCUGCCGAUCCGCGACUUCAAGCAGAUCCGCGUGCCGGCCAGCCUGAAGAUUGAAAUUCCGCACCUGUUCGAGACGGGCAUCUUUGUGGUGCAGAACUUUUCCACCUUCGACGACAACAAGGUGGUGUACUCGAACGAGUUUUCCGACUGCAUGGGGCGCACCUGGCGCAUCAUGGCGUGGUGCGUCAUAUCGGAGGAUCACUUCGGCAUCUAUCUGGAGCUGGUGCACGGUAGACCCUGCUGGAUGGAGUGUACCUUCCAGCUGAUACACCUCGACCCGGAGAAGACGAUCAGCAAGACGAUUCGCCAGUACUUCGACCGGACGCCCCAGAAGGGCUGGGGCUUGCGGGACUUUGUCACGCUGAAAACGAUACUGGAGGAAAACUAUCUGCGGGUGAACGAUUCGCUCGAGCUGCUGUACAACAUACGGCCCUGCUCGCCGACCGAGACGGACCAUGCGCUGGAUGCAGACGAAUCGUCGAGCGAACAUUGAGGAGGUGGCGAAGAUCCUGGAAUGCCCUCAGUGCCAUUACUUUGUCAUUUUGUGCUAUUGACAUUAUUUUACUGUUUGUUUGCUUUCGGUUUUUUUUUUCUGUUCACGUUUUUAUACAAGACUGAUGAUGAGGCAGGAGAGUGAUGGAUGCAUUAGUGUCAUAAGAUUAAAAUAAAAUUGUAUCGUAAAGUGUA